UUCCUGAUUCUGCACCAGAAAACAUAACCUAUAGGAACAUCUCAUCCACGGAAAUUGAAUUAUCAUUUUUUCCACCAUUAAUUCCCAAUGGAAUAAUUCAGACCUACACGAUAUAUCUCAAGAGGACUAAUGGAACUGAGCAAAGAGUCAUAAACACUACUCUUCUGACGCUAUGUAUUACAGAUUUAAAGAAAUAUACAGAAUAUACUGUAGAAGUGUCUGCUAGUACUACAAUGGGGGAGGGCCGUCGAAGUGCACCUCUGCGUAUACUGACUGAUGAAGAUGCUCCGAGUUCUCCUCCAGAAUCCCUCUCUGUAAAACAGUUGUUGGGUGUCACUGUGAAGUUGUCAUGGAAACCUCCACUGGAGCCAAACGGAAUUAUCCUCUAUUACACAGUUUACGUCUGGAAUAAAAUGUCAAAAAGGACUGUUAAUGUAACAGAAACAUCAUUGCAGUUCACAGACCUGGAAUAUAACUAUGAGUAUAGUGCUUACCUAACAGCAAGUACAAGAUUUGGAGAUGGCAACAUAAAAAGUGAUACUAUAACAUUCAGAACUUCUGAAGGAGCACCAAGUGAUCCACCGAAAGAUGUUGUGUACAGAAACCUUACUUCCACAUCCAUAAUGCUAUUCUGGUCUCCUCCUCAAAAGCCUAAUGGAAAUAUAAUGUACUACUCAGUUUAUUUCAAAAAUAAUUCAGGAAUAUUCAUACAGAAUUUCACAAGUUAUGGCAAUGACACCGAUGUCAGCAUGUCCCAGUCUGCAGUUCUGGGUGACUUGGCAAAAUACAGCCAUUAUACUCUAUGGUUAACUGCAAGUACAGCUUUUGGAGAUGGAAACAAAACCAGUGAAAUAAUAGACGUGUAUACAGAUCAGGAUAUCCCAGAUGGUUCUGUUGAAAAUCUGGUCUAUCAAAACAUUUCCUCAUCUUCUGUAAAUGUCAGCUGGCUUCCACCAUCGCAGCCAAAUGGCUUAGUCUUCUUUCAUGUUUCUCUAAGUUUAUCGCAACUGGGAACCAGUAAGAUAUUGUCUUUCCUCACUUACAACACAAGCAUCAUUUUUGAAAAUCUGGAGAAAUAUACUGAUUACAUUCUGAAAAUCACACCAGCCACUGGUAAAGGAUCUUCUGAAUUGCACACUCUAAGUCUGCAUAUAAGAACUGAUGAAGAUGUUCCAGAAUCAGCACCUGUAAUCAAAACAUUUUCAAAUCUCUCAACUACCUCAGUUAUGCUUUCAUGGGACCCUCCCAUUAAGCCAAGUGGUAUUAUAAUAAGUUAUGAUUUAAAUUUAUUUGGGCCAGAAAGGAAUAACUCAAUCUCUACCACCAAUAAUUCAAUCAUCUUGGAAGACCUUCUCCCAUUCACAUUAUACAGCAUUUAUGCAGCUGCAAGAACAAUAAAAGGACCUGGUCCAUCUGCAGUGCUUCAGUUCUACACAGAUGAAUCAGUGCCAUUAGCUCCACCCCAGAAUUUGACCAUUACCAACUACACUGCAGAUUCUGUGUGGCUAAAAUGGGAUCCAAGUCCUCAGCCAAAUGGUGUUAUUAUGAGAUAUACUUUUAAGAUUUAUCAAAACAACACUGAAAAACUAUUUUAUCAGAACAUUUCAGGUUCCAAACAUGAGGCAAACCUUGUUGGAUUAGAACCAUUCAGCCCCUAUUUUAUCAGUGUCUCUGCAUUUACCAAGCUUGGGAAUGGCAAUCAGUUCAGUAAUGCUGUCCAGUUUACAACGAUGGAAUCAGUACCAGAUGCUGUCCAGAAUGUUCAUUGUAUUGCAACGAGUUGGCAAUCAAUCCUAGUGCAGUGGGACCCUCCUGCUUCAUCCAAUGGUCUAAUUACUCAUUACACCAUAACAGUUGAAGGAAAUUCUACAGAUUUUUCAUCUUAUGAUACAUUGCAUACUUUUAGAAAUCUGCUUUCCGAUGUUACUUAUCAAUUCAAAAUAAAAGCUGCAACAUCUGCUGGUGAUGGUGAAGAACAGAUAUGCAAUGCCAGUACGCUUCCAGAAAAAGUUCCUAGUGCUCCCAGGGAUAUUGUUUUUUCCAAUGUGCAAUCAACAAGCGUGACCUUGAAUUGGAGAUCACCGAAAUCUAUCUUUGGCUACUUUCAAAACUACAAGAUUACCACACAGCUCCAGUCCAUCCACUGCAGUGACUGGGAAACCAAGGAAUGUAUUGAAUCUGAGAUGCAACAACAUUUAUAUGAAAAUGUGGUGGAUGACCGGAUAGAAGAGACAGUGUAUGGACUGAAAAAAUACAGAUGGUACAGAUUUGCAGUUGCUGCCAGUACAAAUGUUGGCUAUGGCAGUUCUUCACCUUGGAUUUCUACGCAAACACUUCCUGGCUCUCCAGAUGGUCCUCCAGAAGAUGUGACUGUCUCAGCUACAUCUCCUCACAGUAUUAAUAUCAGCUGGAGUGAACCUGUCAUCAUUACUGGACCAACAUGCUACCUCAUAGACAUUACCUCAGUAGAUAAUGACAAUUAUAAAGCUCAAUUUCUGAAGACAAAUGAUGAGGUUAAAGUCUUAGAAAUUUCUGAUUUAAAAGCAUUUACAAGGUAUUCUGUAGCAAUCAUUGCCUUUACGGGGGAUGUUAAUGCUGCAUACCUUGAAGGCAAGGCUAGUUCUCCAGUAAUUGUCUCCACUUUUGAAGCAGUGCCUGAAGACCCACCUAACAACAUAACAUUUCAGAAGAUACCAGACGAAGUAACAAAGUUCCAAGUAACAUUUGUGCCACCAUCUGAACCAAAUGGAAAUAUUCAGGUGUAUCAAGCUAUGGUGUACAAUGAAGAUGACCCCGCUGCCAUCCAGAUCCACAACCUUAGCGUCAUUGACAAAACAGAUCAGUCAGUCACUGCCAUGAUAGAAGGACUAAAAGGAGGACAUACGUAUAAUGUCAGCGUGUAUGCAAUUAAUGGUGCUGGUGCAGGGCCAAAAAUUCAAUUGAAAAUAACCAUGGAUAUCAAAGAACCACCACGGCCUAAAAAGAAACCAGCACCAGUUUAUGAUACUAAUGGGGCAUUGCUUGUCACAGAUACAACAAUUACGAUCAGAAUGCCGAUAUGUUAUUACAGUGAUGAUCAUGGCCCUAUCAAGAAGAUACAAGUUCUUGUUGUGGAAGCCGGAGCUCAGCAUGAUGGGAAUGUUACUAAGUGGUAUGAUGCCUACUUCAACAGACCGAGGCCAUAUUUUACAAACGAAGGUUUUCCAAACCCACUAUGUGUAGAAGGAAAAGAAGAUCUGAGUGGCAAAGAAGAGAUAUAUGUCAUAGGUGCUGAUACUACAUGUAUGGUACCAGGCAGUCAAGACAAAAUAUGUAAUGGCCCACUGAAACCAAAAAAGCAGUACCUAUUUAAGUUCAGAGCAACUAACAUUAAAGGACAGUUUACAGAUUCUGACUAUUCUGACCCUGUCAAAACACUAGGUGAAGGACUGUCAGGAAGAUCUGUGGAAGUUAUCCUUGCUGUUACUUUGUGUGUACUUUCAGUUGUUCUUCUGGUGGCAGCAGUAUAUGCGUUUGCACGAAUUCGGCAAAAGCAAAAAGAGGGAGGCACAUACUCCCCACGAGAUGCUGAAAUUAUUGACACGAAGUUCAAACUGGAUCAGUUGAUCACAGUGGCAGACCUAGAGCUGAAGGAUGAGAGAUUUACACGAUACUCUUCAUUUUUCUUUAGACGCAAGGAGAUAUUUGUCAUCCA